AUGUACAAAAACGUGGGCUGCCCUGGGCUCAGAGAGAGGGAGAGCCUCCGUGCGCAGUGUUUCCUCUCUGUGACCUCCGCAGGGGCGAGUAAAGGUGGAGACGAACCCGGGAAGUUGCCGGAGCAGGAAGAAGAAGAGGAAUCCCAGGUUUUGCACGGAACCGGCCAUUGCAAAUGGUUCAAUGUGAGAAUGGGAUUCGGGUUCAUCUCCAUGAGCAACCGAGAGGGAAGCCCCUUGGAGUCUCCAGUUGAUGUCUUUGUACACCAAAGCAAGCUUUACAUGGAAGGAUUUAGAAGCCUGAAAGAAGGAGAACCUGUGGAAUUUACUUUUAAGAAAUCUUCCAAAGGCCUUGAAUCAAUACGGGUAACAGGCCCUGGUGGGAGCCCCUGUUUAGGAAGUGAAAGACGACCCAAAGGGAAGACAGUACAAAAAAGAAAACCAAAGGGAGAUAGAUGCUACAACUGUGGUGGCCUGGACCACCACGCUAAAGAAUGUAGUCUACCUCCGCAGCCAAAGAAGUGCCAUUACUGUCAGAGCAUCAUGCACAUGGUGGCUAACUGCCCCCAUAAAACUGUCUCGCAGCAGCCCACUAGUUCUCAGGGAAGACACGAAGCCGAACCGCAGCCUUCCACUUCUGCCUUCCUGAGAGAAGGGGUAGGAACGCACGGCUUCUCGUCUCCAUCGUACUCUCAGGAAGGCAGGUCGGAGAUCUCGGAGCGCUCGGGCAGGUCACCACAGGAAGUGUCGUCGAGUAAGUUGUCUGCGUCGCCUGAAGAACCAAACAGAAAGGGGCCUUCUGUUCAGAAAAGGAAAAAAACUUAAUGCAUUUUUCAUAAUGUUCCGUUUUCUUUACCCUCUUGGGAUGUCUACCUCAUGCAAGUACAGGGGAAAUAAUUCAUUAUCAG